AGAUUCAUAUCUGAAAGUCUGCAGGUUUCAGACAAACUCCCAAACUGCCAUGCCGGGAAGAGCUCUGCGUUUAAUGUAUUCAUUGUGAUCACUGUAUCUAAGUGCGCCGCAGGUGAGCCAGGUGAGCCUGGUGAGCAAGGUGAAACUGGUGAGCCAGGUGUGCCAGGUGAGCAAGGUGAAACUGGUGAGCCAGGUGUGACAGGUGAGCCUGGUGAGCCUGGUGAGCCAGGUGUGCCUGGUGAGCCUGGUGUGCCAGGUGAGCCUGGUGAGCUUGGUGAGCCUGGUGAGCCUGGUGUGUCAGGUGAGCCUGGUGAGCUUGGUGAGCCUGGUGAGCUUGGUGAGCCUGGUGUGCCAGGUGAGCAAGGUGAAACUGGUGAGCCAGGUGUGCCAGGUGAGCAAGGUGAAACUGGUGAGCCAGGUGAGCCAGGUGUGCCAGGUGUGCCAGGUGUGCCAGGUGAGCCUGGUGAGCUUGGUGAGCCUGGUGAGCCUGGUGAGCCUGGUGUGUCAGGUGUGUCAGGUGUGUCAGGUGAGCCUGGUGAGCCUGGUGUGUCAGGUGAGCCUGGUGAGCCUGGUGAGCCUGGUGAGCUUGGUGAGCCUGGUUUGACACACUGAGUAGAGAUCUGCGCCGUGCUGCCGAGUUCACAAAAAUAUAGCCCCAAAUGUCUGCGUUUCAAACUGGAGGUGUGGAGUUUGAAAGACGUGGCUAUUUACCAGGCAGGGAGGCUCUAAUGAAAGAUCCUGUUGCAUUAUGGGAAAUGUAGGAUCCAGUGUUUUUGGAGUUUGACCCAUAUUAGAGACAGAAAGUCAGGAUAGCCCCACUUCUGCUGCACAGAUUUGGACCAUCUGUCUCCUGUGAGCCCCCCAAUUGCAAUAAUGAACUCACUGGAGUCCUUCUUUAUUUCAUUGUGAUGAAAUGAGACAGAAGUCCAUGAUAGUGCACAGGUGCUGCACCGACAGCCUGGCAAUGGUAGCUUUCAGCCUGUUUCCAGGUUUAAAGGUGGAGCGGCUGCAGGAGUUUUUUUGUCUUGUUUUGCUGGAAAUCCCUCUCUGGCUUCCCACCUGCAGACACAGUUGUGUUUGUUGGAGUUCUCCACCUUUAAUGUUUAAACUGUAGAGUAACUGGCAACAAGGUGAGAAGUUGAACCAGUUGCUGUUAAGUUGCUCUUCAAAUCGACUGCAGAGGAUUUGAUUGGCUGAUGAAGUGCAGUAUAAGUGAUGUCAUCCAUGUGCUGGACAGAGCGACAGUCUCAUUGGUCCUGCUGGACUACAGUCGUGUGAAGGCGCCAUGUUAUCGGGUCCUUUAGAAAGAGUCAGACUCAGAAACAUCCUCCAACUAAAAAACAGUUUACAAACUAAAUCCGUCUGACUUUUGAUUGGCUGUUGGUGGACACUGUUGCCCCGCAGUGAACGGCACAAAGACAACUACUAAUUAGUAAAAGAAUGUAAAUAAAAUAAAAUAAAUAAAAGCGACUGACGGCGAAACAGCUUGAGAGAGGUUUACUAACUGCAGAAGCAGCUGACUGUGACGUCACCAGUUAUCGCCGGCUGCAGUAAAGCUGUUUUAAUGUUAAAUACUGAUGAUGUCGUACGAGUCAGGACUCUACUUUUCUAAACAACAAUAUUUAUUCACCACAGAUUAUGGAUAGGCUAACAUUUCAUUUGUACUUUUAAUGAAUCUAAUAUGCAUCAACACUUGCAGCUUGAAUUGAACUUGGUGAACCUGCAGAAACCCUGUUAAAGCAGCACUAAAGUGACACACUGUGUAGCCACGUUUCUGUAGUUCUUCCUGGUUUCCGCUGUAGACACAAGACUCUGGAUCCGCCUGCUGAAUAUCUGUCUGUACGUUGACACACAUCGGCGUCACAAUCAAACUGCUGGCCGAGACUCGCUCAGUCCGAGCCGUGCGUCAAGAAGACAUUUACGCGACCAUCAGAGGGAUUGUCAUCUUCAUCGGUUUGGACCCAGAGCUGCGUUGAAAAAGACUGUAAACCUGCAAAAAGAAGAAGCUGAACUCGAUAAACUGACAGAAAACAGAUGUUUAUUUUGCACUAAAACGACUCAAAGCUCCGUGGAUGUUAAACGUGAAUAUUAAAUGUGUCCGACGCAGAGCACCGACUGUUCCUCCUCUUCUCGCUCUGAUUUCAGGUGUAAAUCUCGUUUUCUGUGUUAAGAUUUUUUGCAAAAUAAGAGUACAAAUUUAUUUUGAAAGGGGGAGAUGUAGCAUGAACACAAAGAUGUCGCUGUGUGUCUGUAGUCAAUGUUCUGUGAUUCCGAAAAUCUGACGUCAUAAAGUUUCUGCAGGACGAGACUCUGGAACCAGUUACUGAAGAUUGUUUCUUAUUCCUGAUGAAAUAUUCCUGUUUAUUUCUCCACUAAUAAAUUCAAAAUACACUGUAAA